AUGGGCUACCAAGCCCUUACAGAAGCAGGUGCCAAUGCAUCCCAGCGGGUCCAGAUGCGUUCUGUUUCUGGUGCCGCACUUGCAAGCGAAGACAAGACGAAUGUCGGCUUCAAGCUGCAGAUGAUUAUCUAUCAUGCGUUCUGUGCCUCCCUCGUGGGUGUGGCAGUGACAAGAGACUGGCUUUCCGUGGAAGGUGGGGGCAUGGCGUGGGAGUUGUGGGCCGUCUGGCAGCAAGUUUGCUUGUGGACGCUUUUUGUGGAGAACCUGGUGCGCUGCGUAUGUUUUCCUGCAGAAGCACUAUGGACGUCCACUUUCAAGGUAGUGUGCCUCUACACAGUCCCACUGGUUAGCGAAGUGACCGACACAAUGAAAGAUUGGGUGAUGACCGGAGUGUGUGUGCUUGCAAGCACGCCAAGUCAUGCAGGAUUUGUGGUUGGAGCCGUCAUGACCCUUGGAGAUGUGUUGCUUGCAUACAAAGCUCACAACCUGGGUGCAGGGAUCUUGAUCACCGGAGCAAUCGGAAGGAUAUGCCCGCUUGUCGUAGCCAUGCAAGGCGCGCUCGUUACAGGCAUCACCCUCAUGUACGGCUCGCAGCUACUAGCUCUGGUGGCCUCACUGUUGGCCGCAGCCGGGGCCCUUGUGCUAUUUUUCCUCUUAGGCUUUGUUGGUUCUCUGCUGUGCAGCAUCCUCAGCGGCUUGCGCAUCAUUCCGUGGGAGGAUGUUGUGAAGUUCGGUGGAUUUCUACACUGGCUACUGGCCAAGAUACAGGCCCUCCCCGCAAUAGUCUGGGCAACGCGUGGGUUUGGUGCUUUUCUCGUUCAACGAUGGAUCCUCUCGGUCACAGAUGCUGGUUGCCUUGCGGUGGUUUCCUGUUACACGAUCGUGUACUCUUACUGGCUGGUCACUUAUUUUCCAGAGACCUGCAAUGAGCUGAAGAGGUCAUACAGGCCCAUCAUCUCCUUGAAACAGACUGUCCCUCCACCCCUCGAGGAUGAAGGUUUCUUCGGCUGGUUGUGCAGCAAGUGCUCGAGCAUGUUGGCGGGCUUCUGCGUAGACUUCCUGAGCUCUGCUCGCUUGCUGAUAGCAGUUGGAGAAGACUGGCCGCAGGGGUUCCUGGGAGUCAUCAUCACCUACAGAUAUGGACAUGGCUUAGGAUUCGCAGGUGUAAGUGCAGUUUGGAGCUUGCUGAAAGGCAUCCUGAUUGCCAGCGGACAAUUCCUCAUUUUCAGCAACAGGUCUUCCGCAGCUAGCCGUGCCAUCUCCAUUAUGCCAGAAAUCUUUGCCUCACGACUCUUCAGCUUCCAUCAACGGAAACCGAAACACUUAUCAGAAGUUGAAUGGUACCUCGACCACAUGAUUGUUAUUGGCGAGGAAGUCGGCGAUGAGGUGUUUGCAGGGCUGCAUUUGCGACGUGGUGUGGAGUUAUUUGCCAGCCUCUUCGAGCGACUGGAUGAUUACCUCGCAAGGAUCAAAUCAUCAGGAGAUGACGGUCGGACCUUCAAGGACGAAGCCAUUGUGAGCCUCCUCAGAUUCUACAAGGAGCAUGGCACUCUCAUAAAGGAGAUCAAGGAACUGGGCUUCAGCCGGCAAAGUUACUUGCAGGUUUACGUUAUGCUGGACUUCAUGAAGGAAGGCCUUGUUCGGACACCGGCAGAUGCUCAGAAGGAGGGUUUCACCAUCUCUCAGGAUAUCGAGCAGAGUGUACGAGCACAGGACAGGUUUACACGCGAGGAUUUGCAAAAGCACGAAUGCACCCUAGAGGAAAUCUACGAAGCAGGUCUCGUGCUCACUAUCAAGGAUUGCUGCGAAGCAGGUUUUGCUUUGAAAGACAUUUUGGGCCUGUACACAGGGACAAAGCACUGGUGCCCUUCGUUUCUUGCAUGUUUGCCGGGCAAACUGACCUGUUGCUGGUACCCUCGACUUCUGUCGGUCGAAGCCGUGCUAAACCAAUGCAAACAAGCCGGGUAUCAUUUUUCUGCGAAGGAAUACAGACAAGCAGGCUUAUCCGUGAAGCACUACAACAAGGCUGGCUUUUCUGUGAAGGACUGCUAUGACAACGGACACUCGCUGGAGCAGUGUCGACAGCUUGGUGGAUACUCUGCAAAAGACUUUAAGGCCGCAGGUCUGUCGGUGAAGGACUGUGGGCAAGCCGGCUUUUCUCUGGAAGAUCUUCUUGAAGCAGGCUUUUCAGAGGAAGCCCACAUCAUUGUGAAGUCUGAUUUGACCGCAAGCAUGUGCCACCAGAGAGGCGUUCCCAUGUCGUGUUGCAGGGAAGUUGGGUUUUCCUUGCGUGAAUGCAGGGAAGCGGGCUACCCACCCGGAGAUUGCAAGGCUGCCGAUUAUUCUGCAAGCGAGUUUCAGGAGGCAGGCUUCUCGGUGAAAGCUUGUGUCGAGGCCGGCUUUUCUUUGCAGCAGGCCCAGCAAGGUGGUUUUUCAUUGAAGGCCUGCAUCGAAGCUGGCUACUCACCUAGAGAUUGCAAGGCUGCCGGCUAUUCCGCGAUCCAUUUUCAGAGGGCAGGCUUGUCUGUACGAGAUUGCGAGCGGGCCGGCUUUUCUUUGCAAGAGGUUCAACAAAGUGGUUUUCCAUUGAAGGCCUGCACAGAUCAAGGUUUUUCAGUGGAGCAGUGUCGGCAGGCUGGGUAUUCUGCGACAGAUUGCAAGAACGCAGGCUUGUCACCAAAGGACUGUCAGGAGGCAGGGUUUUCUUUGCUGGAUUGCAGCGAGGCUGGCUUUUCUGUGAAGGACUGCUAUGACAACGGACACUCGCUGGAGCAGUGUCGACAGCUUGGUGGAUACUCUGCACAAGACUUUAAGGACGCAGGUCUGUCGGUGAAGGACUGUGGGCAAGCCGGCUUUUCUUUGCAGGAUAUUCAGCAGGGUGGCUUCGAUCUGAGAGCAGUCUACGACAAAUCUCACCACCAUCAUGAGUACUCACUGGAACAGUGUCGUCAGGCUGGCUAUUCUGCAAGUGGUUUCAGGACAGCAGGCUUCUUGGCCAGAGACUGCGAGGCAGCUGGCUUUUCUUUGCCGGCUAUUCGGUCGGCGGGGUACACUUUAAAAGACUGCAGAGAGCAGGGACUUUCGCUUGUCGAGUGUCUCGAUGCCGGCUUUCCUGCAUCACAUUUCAGGGUAGCUGGGUGGACCGCAAAAGAUUUCUUUGAGUCUAAUCAUUCCAUGACAGAUUGCAUGCGGGCUGGCUAUUCAUUGAGAGAAUGCCGGGACUGUGGAUAUUCGCUAAAGGAUUGUCGGCAGCAUCAGAUCGCGGUGUCUGACUUCAAGCAGACGCACUUGUCAGUGAAAGACUGCAUGUGUGCAGGAUUUUCGGAAUCAGAAAUUAUUGAUGGCGGCUUUUCAAAGUGGGCCUAUGAAAUUGUGAGGCAAGGCUGGACCGCAACCGAGUGCAAACAACGAGGCAUGCACAUCACGUUCUUGCAAGAAGCUGAGCUUGCUGUAGAUGAAUGCAUCAAAGCUGGCUACUCAGCUAGACAUUGCAGGGCUGCCGGCUAUUCUGCGAUCGAUUUUCAGAGGGCAGGCUUGUCUAUACAAGAAUGUGAGUAUGCCGGCUUUUCCCUACCAGAUUGCAAGGUAGCUGGAUAUACAGCCAGAGAUUUUUUGAAAUCCGACAAGUCUGUGAAGGAUUGUGUGCAGGCCGGCUUUUCUCUGCUGGAUUGUGAGGGGGCUGGAUAUGAGGAAUGGGCUUUUGUUUUCUAUCGCCGUGCGUACGAAUCACGGUAA